UCCGCUUCUUGCUAAGGCACGAUCAUCGUGAGAUGGCCCAGGUCAGGUCAUGAGCCACCCUACGCCACCCUAUGCCUCUAGAAUUAGAACGACAACACCACCAAGACCUUGGAUGUUUGUCGGAUAUAUUUGUGAAUGUAUAUACAUCAACUAUAAUAAAUAUCCAGGCAUAUAUAUAUACAUCAACCAUAAUAAAUAUUCCAGGCAUAUAUAUAUACCCAUAUAGCUGUAUUGACUUUUGGUGGCGUCGUUGUUGUCCUCGGUUGGUAUUACCGAUGGCCCGCCAGUCAGAUCCACCAACCUCUGCUCCUCAGACGGACAAAUUUGACAUCUCUUGCGAUGAGGCUACAACUGUCUCCAAGGCCCCAGAAGAUAUUUCAUCUUCUCGCAAGCCUCAGCUAUUUUUCCGAAGGGUCCGAAGGAUCCAUUGCAUACACACCAGCUUCCGGACACCAAACCAAUCAAUCCUGUUGUACCACUCAUGACAAGACCAUAUCCAAUCAAUCUGACAAUCCUGUUGUAUCACUUAUGAAAAGACCAUAUCCAAUCACUCCCGGGUUCUCAAGCAGUUUUGAGUCCAUCUCAUCAUCCAGAGCGGCUGUGUACACAGAAGAUGAAGAGCUGAAGCUGGGUGGGUUGGGCAGAAGGUUGUCAAACAGUACAGUAUGGCUGAGGUCACACUCCAAUAGACGGAUUUCGCACCUUUUGUGGGGACAAUUCUGACCCGGCAAAAGUCGCAAAUUUAUACUAGGGUUAUUAGAUAUAAUUUUGCUGCGAGCAGAAAGCUCCAUAACCGCUGGGAGCUUAGCCCUUGAUGCACAAACGAGUAGGUCUCGUAGUCGACGACGGGAUGACAGGUACUGACCGAUGAAACAUAGACACCAUUCGUACAAUCUCACCCGCGAAACCAGACCCUGAAUUAGAAAAAUCACUUUAUGAAGACCUCUCCGGGCAACGACUCAAUGCGCUUACGGCCCUGUCUCGAUGAUCAGAGCGCUUAAGGUCUAUUCUAAAGGGGGUUGAGGGCAACCGGCAUAUUGCUGCUUAUGGUGAUCCCAGUGUAUGUGUCACUCGAAAGUCCUCAGAUUUUCACCCCACCUUCUACAGAUUGUAGCAUUAUUAUUCCACGGCCCAAUUGAAAGCGACCUUUUCCGAGGCCGUUACAACACUGCAGUAUCUCGCGGGCCCCUCGCUGGCAUGAGAACAGUAGGAUAAAGCGAAAAGUAUCCUUGAAAAUGGAUACAACUAGCCACACGCAUUUCGCGAAGAUAUUUGGCGUCGACAUCACCAAAGGAUAUAGCGAGAACGCACUCAUAUCAAUUAACCUUGGUCGAUCAAUCUAAGUGCAGCCUUCCUGGUGGAGCCUCCCUCCGCAAACUGGGCUUUUCAAGCAGGUCACUUUCUGGUGCGUGCUUCCCCGCGAUCGACAUCAAGCUGGGGCGUGUUGAUAUACGAGGAGCCCCAUAAAUCAUAUCUCUCGCGCCUUUGGGUCCACGCGCCAAAGCGAACCUUCUCCUCCUGAGAAACGUUUGGCAGUCUUUCCAGUGCUUACCUCCAAUUUUUGGUCGAGUACUUACGAGUAGAGUACCAUCCUUUUAGAGGUGCUUCGCCGCACAAAUAGCGCCCCGAAACGGGAUUUUGCAGGGGUGCAACACAGGAAAGUUGGGUACAGUACAGUAAGCGUUGAAAUGAACAUCUGCGGGGUGUUGGCAAGGGGUAACCCUUUUCGUAUUUUCCUGAAACGAAACAGGAAUAAUUGCUGCGCAUCUUUAGGUGGCCCCCAUGAUGGAGUGACUUGAGGAUCCUGAUGCUUGUACUUCUUGCUUGUCAAGUAUGGAUUGGAUCUUCAAUGCUACAUCGCGUAAGUAGUACUUGCGGCUCUGUAUUGUUGUAACCAGCCUUGGAUUCGCAGCUCACUUGGUCAGCCAGAACCUUGUGUGUUCAAAAGAAGGCAAUACCCCUUCCCCUUCUUUAAAAUGCUUUUCACGCCGAAUGAAUUCCUGGGCCCCCUUUGACGUCGUAAUUCUACCGUGACUCUAAGCCUUUUUUUUUUCAGUUCUCUUUGCUGUCAAACGAUCAAGCAUACCAUUGCUACAAUGAACUCCUCGCCUCGCUACCCAGGUGAGGGUCUUGAAGUCGACACUACCCCAAAUGAAAAGUAUCCAUACCACGAGACUCACGACACCGCGCCACAAGUUGUCCAACCAGAGAAACAACACUCUGGCAUGUCAGAAUAUUCACAACCGUCGCCAUUCCAGGAAGAAAAAGCGGUGGACCCCAAAGUGAAACCCAAAGGAGUAUUCGGUCUUAGAAGGCGGACUUUUUGGAUAAUACUUGGAUCUUUGGGCGUUGCUUUAGUAGUUGCUUUGAUAGUUGUCAUCGGAGUCUUGUCCCAUCAACUAUCUCAAGAUAAGAGGUAAAUUCUAUCAAUACAUAUUCCGACAUCAUCGGGGAUCAUACUAAGACCCCUUUAGCAGCAAUGAAGCAGCAGUAUCUUCAGCUUCCGCAGCAGCGCAAAAUCCAAACCAAAUCACAUACAGUCUAACAUCCAUCCCUCCAUCAACUCUCACCCCUUCUGCACGUCUACCCGAAUCAACCUUGACCCCCAUUGUGCGCCCUUCUACAUCUUCUCCCACCCAAGCAUCUAACUCCCCACCUACCUCUACUUCAACCUCUACCUGUCCGUCAAACGCGGUUAUAGGAAAAUGCGAUGCUCCAGGUUGUAAUGGGUUAAAUAGUCAAACGGCCUCGCUUGGGAGUUGCACUACUAGCGAUCUACGGGGUUGCCCAUGUCAAACGCUUUGUGGGGUGAUUCUGGGACCCUGCGGUAAUUGUGAUGGGGUAAAUGGGACUUGUUAUGGGGGUCCAUUUCAAGGCUGUGGGUGUACCUAAUGAGGAAAGGAAGGGAAGGGAAGGCAUUUAAGGGCAUGCGUCUUACGGGAAUAGCGCACAAGGGAAAUAGGAGUUGGGAUGGGUACGGUAUUGGCGUUAUGGAUUCUUGAGGAUUUCAUAUGGAAUGUGGACUGGAUUCAGUUUCGUUGACCCAAUGUACCUGGUGCGAGAUCAAGGGAUAAUUGAUUAACUUCAAAUGAG